AUGCUAUGGGGGAGUGACGCAGAUCCACAGCCGCUUUUUCCCCUCUCAGUCCUGUCACACGGAUGCCGUAGCGCACGGACCUGCUUUUUAAUCAUGGCGAAAAAAACACUGCUUGAUGAAAGCAAUCAAAAUGAAGAUUCAGUGAGAAAUGACGAUGACUCAAUGGACGAUGAUGAAGAACCAAAUUUUAGUGAUCCUGAGGGUUACGUCGACGAUGUUUCCGACGGUGAACUUUUGGCUGACCUGUUGCCGGACAAGCCAUCUGAGGCCGAUGGAGUUGAAUCUGUAAUCGUGAUUGAUGGAGCACCUGUUGUUGAGCCUGAGCGUCUUGAGAGACUCCAAACUGUCAUCAACAAGGUUUUUGGAAAAUUUGGCACAAUUGUCAACAUGCACUAUCCAAAACAAGAAAAUGGAAUGACCAAGGGAUACAUUUUCUUGGAAUAUUCCAAUCCUAUGAGUGCUCUUGCUGCUGUAAAGUCGACAAAUAACUACAAAAUCGACAAGAUGCACACAUUCAAGGUCAAUCUUUUCACGGACUUCAAGAAGUUUGAGAAUAUAUCUGAGGAUUGGGAACCACCAGAACCACAGGCUUACUCUGCGGUUGGAGAUCUUCACAAUUAUCUGCUCGAUGCUGAUGCGUAUGAUCAGUUUUCUGUUCUUCUUGGCAAUGGAGGAAAUGUUUGUGUACAAGUUUGGCAAAAUUCUGCCCCUGAGCCCACCAUGAUCCAAGAAGGGGAGGGUUGGAGUGAGACGUACGUCAGAUGGUCGCCAUUGGGUACUUAUUUGACCACAUUUCACAGUCAAGGUGUCGCACUUUGGGGUGGACCGAAAUUUAAACGAAUCUGCCGUUUCAGCCAAAGAAAUGUUGAGUGCGUCGACUUUUCACCUUGCGAACGGUAUAUCGUAACUUACACACCACGAUCGGACGGUGGUCCGGACGCCAAGCGUCUCGUAAUAUGGGACAUUCUCACUGGUCUUGAAAAACGCUCCUUCACCCCUCUUUGUUCUUCGAGUUGGCCAAUUUUCCGUUGGUCUCACGAUGACAAAUAUUUGGCCUGUAUGGAUGAAGAUGUUUUAAGUGUUUACGAAACACCUUCAUUCGGUUUGUUAGACAAGAAGAGUAUUAAGAUCCCAGGAAUUAGGGACUUCAGCUGGUCGCCAACCGACAAUAUUCUAGCCUACUGGGUCCCUGAAGACAAGGAUGUUCCUGCUCGAGUAACUCUCCUCGAAAUUCCCAGCCGCACUGAGGUCCGUAACAAAAAUCUAUUCAACGUAGCUGAUUGCCGAAUAUUCUGGCAAAAAUCUGGCGAUUAUCUUUGCGUUAAGGUCGAUCGUUUUGCCAAGAGGAAAGAAAAAACUGAACAGAAGUACACGUCCUUCACUGGAUUGGUAUUCCAAGGUAUGUCCUACAACUUCGAGAUCUUCCAUAUGCGAGAAAAACAAAUUCCCGUAGACAGUGUUGAAAUGAAAGAACCUAUUCACGCGUUCGCGUGGGAGCCCGUAGGUAGCAAAUUUGCGAUUAUUCACGGAGAAAUCCCGAGCGUAAAUGUCAGUUUUUAUGAAGUACGUUGUGGCCAUCAACCAGCUCUUCUCAAAAAAUUGGAGAAAAAAGCUUGCAAUCACCUGUUCUGGUCGCCCUUGGGACAAUUCAUCGUUUUAGCUGGUCUUACAUCGAUGGCCGGUGCUCUAGAGUUCAUUGACACGAACGAUUUCACGGUUAUGAAUUCGACCGAUCAUUAUCAAACGUCUGACGUUGAGUGGGAUCCGACUGGACGAUAUGUGGUAACAGCUGUUUCGAGUUGGAAAACAAGUGUCGACAAUGGCUACUGGUUAUGGACUUUCCAAGGUCGCAUCUUGAAGCGAGUGAAUUUAACAGCGUUCAAUCAACUCUUGUGGCGUCCAAGACCACCGACUCUUUUGACUGCCGAACGAAUCAAGAGCAUAAAGAAAAAUCUGAAGAAAUAUUCAGCACAAUUUGAGAGCAAAGAUCGUAUGAGGCUGACGCGAGCUUCGAAGGAACUCAUUGAAAAACGUUGUGCUCUGAUGAAAGCGUUCAAUGAAUAUCGCGAAAAGCGCAUCGAAGAAUGGAACACUCAGAAGAAACGCCGAUUGGAAUUGCGUUGCCAUAUCGACACCGAUGCGUUGGAUUCCGAUACGAAGAACGUUGAGGAAGAGGUAGUGGAAUUUUUCGUCAAAGAAGAGUCAUUCAUCAUUGAGGGGAAAUAGAGAGUGACGUGGGUGUCCGUGUUUUUUUCAAUCAAACUUUUCGCAAUUGGAAAGCAGAGAACCUUAGAGAAGCCGAACAGUGGUAAAUGUAAUAAGAUUGUUCAAUCAAAAGAAAAAAAAAAUACUUGGAAGCGACUUUCUUUCCAUCCGUGCUCUAUCCAGUCAACGAGUGAAAAAUGAUUGCUCCGCAAUCUUGUGAACAACAACUUUUUUGGUCAUCUAUUCGAAAAACAGUUCAAAUGACAUCUGACAAAAUGACGUUUCGUUUCAAACGUCGAAAUUAUAGCACACUCGAAUUCUAUCACGUUCCAUACAGAAUAGGUCCUCAUACCUGAAUUAAUGAUCGUAUUGAAUAUUCAAUAGGUGGCAAAUGAUAUUAAUCUUUUCUAUUGUUUAUUUAUCUUCAUCGUGGUAUAUGUCAAGGAGCAUUUUGCUCAAUUGUGAAGAGUAUGUCCCAAAUGGAACAGUUAAGAUCACGUGAAUUUCAAUACAAGAUCAUGAUAAGUUUUAUAACUGUUGAAACAGAGACAAAAAUCAAAGAAUCAUUUUUCUGAAAACGAAUAUUGUACAAAAAAGUAUUUGAAACACUUUUAAACCGUUUAGACCGGAAAGUUACUCUACAACUCUAUUUUCGAAAUGUGAAAUAUUUUGUCACACUUUUCUACGAUGUGGUGUAAUGUCCAAGAAAAAUGAAAAUCACACGUUAGUUCCUUUCAUCAGAAAUUAGUGUAAAUUAUCUGUUUCUCGAAAUAUCAAGCAUUCCUGGGAAAAUGGAGAGUCUGCUUUCUUGAACAAAUUAACGGAGAAUUCGAUUUCAAACCGACAACUCGUACGAAUGAGAGUUGCGGUUUUGAAUAUUUAUAAUUUUUGGUGACCGGCUGAAUAAAAAAAAAUUAAUAAAUAUAUUUGCUUUUCUCA